ACGUAAUAUACAUACAUAUUUUAAAAGGUAUGACAACACAUACACGUUCAUUUUGUCAGUAAGUAUGAAUAAACUAAAAACGAAGUUUGCAUUUUACAUUUCCGAUUUCUCCCUAGGCUGUGAACGCAACUUAGUUCCCUAAACGGAAUUUGAUUGGCUGCUUGGUAGUCACGCGGCCACUUUAAGCAUUGAUUUGAUUGGAAGAAUGGUAUAUUGCAAUCCGGAAGAAAAGCCAACCUUGAGAAGUCGCAUGUUAACGCUAACAUGGCGCAAACCUGAUCGCUGAUAAUUUGUUGAAAUGUUAAGAUUUUAAUAUUUUGCUAUUUUACGUGUUUGACGGUGAUACUCCGGUCAUCACGUCGCUUGUCGCGGACGUUUUUACGUCACGUAUGGUUGGGCAAGCUAAACGAGCCCUUUAGCAAAACAUUAGUUUCACUUUUGACUAUCGUUGAAAAAUGAGGACCCCUUUACGCAUCAUCACAAGAAGCCGCAAAUCACUUGUCAUCUGGCGACAGAGCGCCUUUUUAUCAUCACGUUCAACUCCACGCAGGGUGAAUCGCACAAGCAGCGAGGUGUGCAAAGAGGAAAGAAGCUACUACAUAACCACGCCCAUCUUCUAUGUCAAUGCCUCUCCCCAUCUGGGCCACCUGUAUUCAGCAGUUUUAGCCGACUGCAUGCACAGAUACAAGCUCCUACAAGGAGUCGAGUCGAGAUUCGCAACAGGCACAGACGAGCACGGUUUAAAAAUCCAACAGGCGGCUGACGUGGCAGGAGAAGACCCCCUGACUUUCUGCACGGGCGUGUCCCAGAGAUUCCGCCAAGUCUUCGGCAGCUGCGACGUGUCCUUCACGGACUACAUCAGGACCACCGAGGAGCGCCACCGGCGGGCUGUGGAGCACUUCUGGUGCGUGCUGCGCGACAAAGGGCUCAUCUACAAGGGCAGCUACGAGGGCUGGUACUCCACGCCAGACGAGAGCUUCCUCACGCCGACGCAGGUGGCCGACGCAGUGGACGCGAUGGGCCAGCCUAUCAAAGUGUCGCUGGAGAGUGGUCACAAGGUAGAGUGGCUAAAAGAGGAGAACUACAUGUUCCGUUUGUCGGCAUUCCGAACUCAACUGCUGGAUUGGCUCCAGAAAAACCCCAGAGCCAUUCAGCCCGACCGCUUCCUCCAGGAUGUUCUCCAGUGGCUGCAGGACGACCUUCCGGACCUGUCCGUGUCCCGCCAAAGAAGUCGCCUCCAGUGGGGGAUUCCUGUGCCAGGGGAUCCCGAGCACACCGUCUACGUGUGGCUGGACGCUCUGGUCAACUACCUCACGGUGGCUGGUUACCCCGACGACCACGAUCAUUGGUGGAGCGUGGCCCGCCACAUCGUUGGCAAAGACAUCCUGAAAUUCCACGCCAUCUACUGGCCGGCUUUCCUCCUCGGUGCGGGACUGGCGCCGCCGCGGUCCAUACACGUGCACUCGCACUGGACAGUCAACGGAACCAAGAUGUCUAAAAGUUUGGGCAACGUGGUUGAUCCUGUUGAGCGCUCACAGGCGUUCACCACCGACGGUUUAAGGUACUUCCUGCUGCGUCAAGGCGUGCCCGAUUCCGACUGCGACUACACGGACCGCAAAGUAAUCAAGCUGCUCAACGCUGAGCUGGCCGACUCCUUGGGCGGCCUCCUCAAUCGCUGCGCCGCUCCCGCUCUCAACCCCACCCAGACCUACCCGCCACUCUGCCCUCGGUCUUUUACCAGUGAGCAGGACGGUAGAGCGGUGCCAGAAGACUAUCACAUGUUGGACGCUGUGCGAAGCCUUCCGACGUUGGUGGAGCAUCACUAUGAGAGCCUGCAUGUGUACAAAGCCCUGGAGGCCAUCGCUUCCUGCGUGAGGCAAACCAACGGCUUCGUUCAACGCCACGCGCCUUGGAAGUUAAACAGGACGGACGCCGGAGACCGACGCUGGCUGAACUCCAUCAUCUACGUCUCCCUGGAAUGUCUGAGGAUUUACGGGACCCUCCUGCAGCCCGUCGUGCCGCGAGUAGCCGACAAGCUGCUGUCCAGACUCGGCGUCCGAGCCGACGAGAGGAACUGGGCCGACCUGGACUUCCUGCUGAGCUACCUCGGGAAACGCUGCCCCUUCCGAGAGAGAACACUAGGACACGAUACAGGAGUGCUUUUUAAUCGCCUGGAAAGUCCCGUUGGGGAUGAGCAAAAGCCAAGGAAAAUGAAAAAAACUGAUAAUUAUCCCAAGGCACUGAACUUAGGAACCAGGUCUUAACUCAUACUCAUUAACGGUCGCAUGCCAUCAUUACCCCCCCCCCCCCCCCCCAUGUUUGAUGUCCUUUUAUUGGGUUUGGAAGAUCAUUUGGAUUGGAAAUGCUCAGGAUAUCUUUUUCAUCUGGCAAUUGAGACAGAUGAAUUUCUCAUCAAUAUGCAAUAUGCAAAUAGGCUUUACUCUGAUUAGAUUGCUGUUAUUCUUAGUUUAAAUAUGGAAAACAGCUUUGCUCUGAUUGGUCCUUGGUAAUGUCGCGUUUGGAUCGUCCGAUGUGGGGUCUAUCAUUGUGAAGCGGAAUUCACUAAGCGUUGAAUUGUUGGCCCCACUAAUGGGGAAUGUGAGGUGAAAGGGGACCUGGGCGAAAAUAAGAGCGAGAGCUAUUUUGAGGUUCGGCUCGUCAUCCACUCCCGUUCACUUGAACAUAAGCGGCACGCCACAUUCAUCUUUCGGGACCGUUUGAGCGAAAAUGACUGCAAAUCAGUUAAAAACAGGAUAGAGGAUUGAAAUUUGGCCACAUAGUUUAAGUUCAACUUGAAAAUGGCACCAUCGCCCAAUUUUUCCAGUCAUUAGAAAUAGGAGAUAGAUAUUGACUAUACCACUAGUCACCACGGACUGUGUAGAGUGUGAAAAUAGGUUUUGGGUGCAGUUACACCCCUAAACAACCAAGUAGCGCCUAUCAUCGUUUUCAGCCGUCAGUCCUGUUGCAGGCAAGACUUUAUACUCCUCUAUUUCCAAAAUAUAUGCCAUAAAAAAUGAAAUGUUGGCGAUUUGGGAUUGUUAUGAGUUGUGUGUGUUUGCACGUCUAGAUUGACGUGCGUGUGCUCGCGCGUGGCUUUGCAAUGAUGCCAUCAGAUGACAGAUGGUUCUCUUUUUUUUUAUUACGUGACUGACUACUACGUUGCUUGGGAUCCCCUCGGAAGAGCUGUAGGAAGUUGCUGUGGAGAGAGAAGUCUGGGCUUCCCUGCUGAAGCUACUGCCCCGCGACCUGACCUCGGAUCAGCGGAAGACAAUGGAAGUGGAGAACAACAGAGGCGAAUAUAGUAAUGAUUUCAAUGUCACCAGAUGAACGGAAUUUGCUUCAACAUUACAACCAGCCACAAUGGAGGGCUCUCAAUACUUUGUGUAAUAACAUGGGAAAGUCAAUAGAAAUCAGGGAGAAUUGUGGACCUGCACAAGUCUGGUAUUGGUAAUUUCCAGAUGCCUGAAGAUGCCACGUUCAUCUGUUCAAACAAUUAUAUGCAAGUAUAAACACCAUGCGAAUGUCCAGCCAUCAUACGGCAUAGGAAGGAGAUGAAUUCUGUGUCCCAGCAAUGAACAUAUAAUCGAAAGAACAAAGGACCUUGUGAAGAUGCUGGCCAUAGCUGGUAUAUGAGUGUCAAUGGAUGGAUAGUGAAUUAGUGUCGACUUUACAGCAUUUCUAAGACUAUUUCCCCGUGAAAACGUCCGAGGGGAAAAUAGUGACAUGCCUUAUAUUUUCGAUGACGAAAAUUUGAAUCUAAAGUACACAAACUAUAACAGUAAUACACAAAAUAGUAUUCAGUUCAAACUUGAAAUAUAAUUGCACUAGUUGUAUUCAUGAAAAAUGAGUGCAAGUGUGGAGUCCUCGAGUGACAGCGCCUCUUAGCGGACAAUCUGUAAAUGAUUCACAAUAAUCCUGUUUCUCGAUGGGACAAAAUAUUAGCAACAGAAAAUUUAACUGGGUGCCUUUCUGAAGUUGUCAAUCAUAACUGAAUUACCAGCUUGAUAAAGGUAGAAUGUUUGUAUUGUGCAGGUGUACCUAAUGGUGUGACUAUUGUGUACAAACAAAUAUCCAACAGGUAAAUUUUAUGGCUUAGUUAUAUAGAAUUGUGAGGGUGAAAGUUUCUAUGAAGAAAAAAUACAAACACAUUUCUGGGCGAGUUGAGACAAGAAAUCCUUUUCUUCUCUCUUGAUUUUAUCAUGAAAGUUUUCAUUUCACAUUUUUUUUUUGUUUUUUUUUAAAAUACAGAAUACAGGUAGCAAACAAAAACAUUACAAGACAAAAACUUCACGUGAUUUAAUGAGAAAUACAUAAAAACUGAAAAAAAUUGUACAAAGUGAAAUAAAAUACAAAAAAAUG